CGACAUCGACAUUCGAUUGACCUGGCCUGAGCCGCGAGCGCAGUCAGUCCAAUCGGAAGUUGUUGCCAUCUCGUCGAUAGCCAGGGUGCCAACUGUCUGCCCAGCGACCAGUGAAGGUCCUCGCAAUUUCACAUCAAGGAAUCUACGAUUUCCAAGAGCUCCGUUGAUGAGUUCGACAGCAUGAGCCGAGACAGGGAAAAGCUGAUGGAUGAAAUUGAAGAGAGUUUGUGGACUUUAACUGAGGAAAAUUUACGGCACCUGUGUGUUCGCUGCGGGAUAGGUGGCAAGGAUGGGUCUGAAAUUGAAGGGAAGAAUCAACGAGCGCUGCGGCGUAAGAUCAUGGAGGAAACCUGGGAGAACGAGGACCUAAUGAAGUCAGAGGAUCGGGGAAUGUCAUGGCUGCUCCAACUGAAAGAGGACAUCGGGAAGUUACGCGCGGUGGCCUCAAACCCUAGCCAGUCAGUGUCUGGGACCGUGGACGAACGAACACAGGAAAGCAGUUACCCGGAGAGAAACAAGGAGGAUGGGACUCGUUACGGUAACAAGGACAACGCUCGUCUGCCCCCCUUCCCAGGGUCCCCGGGUAGUACUUCACUGGGGCAAGACUGCAGCAACCCACCAGAUGUGAGUGAACCCAUGAAAGAAACGGAAGAUGAGGAAGCAGAAGAUUCGAUUGAGGCGUCAGAGACCGUUGUCAAGAAAAGGCAGCCAAAGCGCACGGUUAAGAAACCUCACUGCUGCUCAGACUGUGGCAAAAGUUUCAGUCACAAAAGUCAUCUAACCAUCCACCAGCACACACACACUGGUGAGAAGCCUUACCACUGCACACAGUGCGAGAACAGCUUCUACUGCUCGGCCUACCUGAUAUCCCACAUGCGAACACACACCGGUGAAAAGCCCUACCGCUGCUCAGACUGCGGGAAGAGGUUUGCCCAAUCGAACGCCCUGAAGAUACACCGCAUGCGGAGGCACACUGGCGAGCUGCCCUUCUCCUGUUUGGAGUGCCCUAAGCGUUUUGUCACGUCGGCACACCUGAAAUCACACCAGAGAGUCCACACAGGAGAGAAGCCCUACCACUGCACGGACUGCGGGAAGAAUUUCUCCCACUCAAGUGCCCUGAGACUUCACCAAAAAACCCACAGCGGAGAGAAACCUUUCAUCUGCGAAUGCGGAAAGAGUUUCAUUAACUGGGCCCACCUAAACUCUCACCAGAGAUCACACACCGGUGAGAAGCCUUACUGCUGUGAACAGUGUGGCAAAUGUUUCUCCGAAUCUGGCACCCUGUCGAAUCACCAGAGGACCCACACUGGGGAGAAACCUUACAGCUGUGAUCAGUGUGGGGAGAGGUUCGCGCAAUCAGGAUCCCUGACCAUCCACCAGAGGACGCACACGGGAGAGAAGCCGUACGCCUGUGAUCAGUGUGAGAAGAGGUUUAUCACCUCAAGUCACCUGAGACGCCACCAGAGAACCCACACCGGAGAGAAGCCGCACCUCUGUGACGAAUGUGGGAAGAGCUUCACGCGGGCCGGAGCCCUGGCGAGCCACCGCAAAACGCACACGGGUGAGAAACCGUACAGCUGCGACCUGUGUGGGAAGAGUUUUGUUCAGUCCGGCCAAUUGACAAGCCACCAGCGGACACACACCGGAGCCAAACCGUACGGCUGCGAUCAGUGCGGCGAAAGAUUCACUCAGUCCGCUACUCUGGCCAAUCACCAGCGAACACACACAGGAGAGAAGCCCUAUGGCUGUAACGUGUGCGGGAAGAACUUCGCACAGUCCGGCCAUCUGAAGAGCCACCAGAAAUCACACGUCAGAGGAGGAGUGUGUCCUCUUCCGUCCACACCGGUGCCGGUUCCGGAACCCUCAAUAAGUUCCAAAUGGUCCAAGACUCAGCUACCCGGAUCCUCGGCCACAGCGAGUUCUGGAACCACGUCACCUGUGUUCUAUGUGAACACUGGCUACCCACUGCACACAGCGGCCACCACUACUAAACCCCCCUAUUGACCUAUAUACUAACCCCCCCCCCCCAUCCGGUAUAUUCCAGAGCUAGCACCCCUCAUUGAAGCACGUGACCAGGUGAGCUAGUUAUGGGCUAUAACAACAUUUUGAAAACAUAGAAGACGUCCAAACAGCGGCGAACCGUGGCAAGAAAAUUAACAGGACUCGUUCACUCAAUGCGCCCGACAUCACGUCUCGGCAGUGCAAGAGAAUCUGUGCUUUUGCAAUGAUGUCAUAAAUGAAUGAGACAGGUCUGAGCUUUGGUCAGCCACUCUGACGCAGAUGGGUGCAACCUGCAACAACAACCACGGCACACGCACCCACCAACCUACGGUAACCUACGGUAACCUUUAACCAACACUGAUGGUCAUAACCAGAACGGUCAAGAACACAUCCAAAUGUGUGACAGCCAGGGGCACAACAAAAGCUUUGUUUCCAACACAGACUGAAUAUAUUAAUAAGAAUGAUUUCAAUUUAUUAAAAAGAUGAAAUGUAAGUUAAUAUGUAUUUAUUAUAAUUUCUUUAUAAUCCCUUAGGUUUUAUACUGGUCAUGACUGUGGACACAGAUUAACCCUGUCCUGAGCUAAAAAGACAGUACUUAUAAAGACACUCAAUUGAGUUGUUUAGUGUAUGAAUAAGCAAAUCUCCAUUUGCCUUUUAUUUCCCAGGUGAACUUGUGUGUGUGUCAGGGUUGCCAAACAAACAAGAACAAAAUGAAGUAGACAUGUUGCCAGAAAAAAUCCUCAAGAAUUGGGCUGCUAUCGUCAAGAAGACACAUUUACUUAAUUCCCUUUGUAAAUGGUCUGGGUUGUGGUUCUUUUGAGAGACGUAAUUGUACACUAGUCAGCUAAUUGAUGUUUCUCAAAAUGUUUUUUUUUUUCUUAAAAUAUUUCGGCCAGUGUAAUUUAUUGUGCGCAGGGUAGCAAUGUCAGUCUGGCCCGUCGUAGGGUUAAGUCCUAAAUAAAGUCAAAAUAAAUAUUUCACUUCAUCCCAUGCUAUGUAAACAUUUAGUGGAAAUAUGUAGAAAUUAUGGACUUAGGAAUGUUUUAACUGCCCUUUUUGUCGGGCACAAAUUGAUUUUGACAAAUAAAAUCAGAAUAAAAAAAAGACUUGUAGCCUUUGAAUUUCAGAAUACGAAUGUGGUCCUCGAGCUAAAAAGUUCGCCCAAACUGGAUGUUGUUAUUAUACAUGGGACAUAAAAGAAGAUUCCAGUUACGUCAUAUCAAUUCCAUGUUUGGGUAUGUGGCAUUAAGAAUAGACCACAGGCUACUUGAAUUGUUUGUAUUUCUAGGCCGGCAGCGUGGGGUACACCCCAAGAACAUUGGGGUACACAGCAGUCGGGUUAAGAACACGGUGAUAUGUUAUUGAAAACAAUUAUAAUUUCUGUUCUGUAAAGAGCAAUUAACAUAAUUUAAAUAUGCGUUUGGUCAUUCUCAGCACCGUGGGGGAUUACAAUGCAUGGGUGUUGCUAACGAAACGCGCGUCUGUGUUGGGGUUAAGGGUUGUAUCUCUGUCAUAUACUCCUAUUAUCAAAUAAUGUAGCAUAACAUUUAAAACAGUAAUUGUUGUUUAUCAUUUUUUCGAUUGAUCAAUAAAAUCAAUUCAUUAU